UUGGUGAUAAUCAACGUUGGCUGAACUGAAAGAGCGAAAUGGGUGAUGAAUAUGAGGGUUGUAAUGGUGAUUCUGUAAAUGCAGUCUAUUUGAUGAAGGAGAUUUAUUUGUGUCACAUGAGAAGAGGUCUUCUGCUUUCCGACGAAGCGUACUGUUAAGGUCUUUGUAUUUGUGAGAAGGUCAAUGAGGUGAUCUGGGAGAUUUCAUGGUGUAUCUUGUCAAUGAUUAAUGCGACUUUAGAAUUUGUAAGUAUUAAUUACGUUUGAAAUGGAAUGUAGUCGUUUAUUUGGAAAUAUGCUCGGCAUAUGCAACUUCAUUGGAUCUUUUUCAGAUGAUAAUCAACAAGGUUAUAUCCCGUCAUCAUUAGAUGGUAAUCUGUCCAACAUAUAAACAAAUAUCGAUAACUUCUCGAUGGCAAUGUAUCGAGAAAUUGAUAUUCUCGCUACAACUCUACCAUUUUAUUUGAAAUCGCCAGCGGCAGCUAUAAUCUGCAGCCAGCGAUCAUCGAUAAUUAUCGAUUUUAUCGAUAAAACGGCCCAGAACCAUAUUUUUGAAACACUUUACUCUUCGUCUUUUACCCUUUUGUUCAAAAUCAACAGAUUCAAGUGAAAUCUUUAGUUAUUAAUAUUUAUUUCAAAAUGUUGAUAAAUGAACUUCCCGACGAUUGUUUGCUCACCAUUUUUGACCAAUUCAAUGACCUGCAUCAUUUAAUAGCCUGUUUUAAAGUUUGUGUUAAAUGGAGCCAUUUAAUUGCUAAACGAGCUAAAAAAGUUGAAUAUUUUAGAGAUUAUUAUGCUUAUUCACCUGAUCAUUCACCUGAUUAUGUUUAUUAUAGAGACAGAGAUCUGAUUGAUGUAGCCAGUUUGAGCUCAUUAUUUCCAAAUUUAAUAGUUGCUGAAUUUUCUGAGAAAUUCCAAGAAAAAUUAAAAUUUGAAGAUAUUGCUGUAUUUGUCAGAAAACAUGAGCCUUUGAAAGGAAUGAUCACUUCAUGUGUAGCAAUGGAAGAUUGUAGUGAUAAACUCGAAAUGCUAGCCCCCGAGUGUAGUGAGCUAGGCAUACUACAAGAGCGCAUCCGUUUCAGACAAUUUGGUAUUCGAGAUUUUUGUCUAGUUGAUUUCAAAAGUGACGCACGUUAUCGACAAAAUCUUGAAAGACUACAAAUUCUCAUUAAUGGCAGUUUCCUCAAUGGUCCAGUAUUGGAAAAGCUCAAAGUAGUUGUUUUGUCAUCAUAUGGUUUCGAUCUUGGUAAUAUUUUUUAUGGCUUCCAGUUCUUGGAUUCAUGUCCGAAUUUACAAAGUGCCCAUAUUACCAUUAAUUCUAGAACCGUGCUUGUUGAUGAAACAAUAAAACACGAAUGUUUGCAAGAUUUAGUUAUACAUUGCAGAUAUUAUGAUCGAUACUGGAACGUUUUAAAAAGAGCUCUUAUAAAUGCCCGAAUCUCAAACAUCUUGCGUUGAGGCGUCAAGGUAGCAUGAGAGAUGAACAUAUCGAGCAAUUGGUACACAUUUUACCCGAUCUGGUUAUAUUUGAUAUUCGAGGAUGUUUUGGAGUCACUCAAAGAGCUGUUAAUUAUGUCCAAAAUUAUUUUGAACGAAAUGGAAGAUCAACCAAAUUUUACUGGAAAGGGAAUCGGCAUGAAAUCGCAUCAGAUUGGCCUCAGUUGUACACUAAACGACAGGAAAUUUGCCAAGGCUUUGAUUUCAUGGAACGUUACUUUCUUGAAUAUCGCCUGGCUAGUGAUGUCUAGUGAUUAUUGAAAACCCCAUACGCGUGAACAUUACCUAUCGUCUAAUUUAAAAAGCUGUCUCUGUGAUUAAAGAAACGGAAGUUUCAUAUCAAAUUAA